UGGCAACAAAGGUUAUAGUAUAGACAUGUGUCGCACACUGGGUAAUAACUUGUAAACAAGUAUUCUCGACGUAUAUUAGAAAAUUCAUAAAAUUGUCAAAAAGGAAAAAGAAAAUAUAUAAAAGAUAUUCAUAUCUUAUUACUGUUAUUCAACUUCUCAAUAUUGUUAAUGUUUGAAUUGAAUACUACGUUUACCUUUCAGUAUUAAAUUAAUUUAUAAAUAUUAGAGAAAAAAUGAGUGCCAAAGGUUGCCAUCAUUUGCAAGUUUUUAAGAAAAAUCAUUCUAAUUUGGAUAACCUAAAAUGGAUUCAUGCUGUUUUUGUUGUGACGGAUAGUCCAAGAAAUCGAAAAGCGAAGAUUUGUAAUGCUUAUUGCAGAACUUGUAGAAAGCGAGGCCCCUUAUUACAUGUUUGUCUAGAAUGUGUCUAUUUUGGUUGCCAUAAACAUAUAAGGGAUCAUACAAAGCAUCAAAAGCAUUUGAUGUCUAUGGAACUUUGUUAUGGGCAAAUACACUGUUCAUCUUGUAAUGAUUACAUCUAUGAUGCUCAAGUUGAUGAAAUAACUAUGCAAAAUAAGAUGCAAUCUAAAUUGUUUAGAAAAAGAUUAUUUGAAUGGACAUCUUGGGAUGCAACAGAAGAAGAAAAAGAAUUACUCCAUCACAGAACAAAGAAAAUUUGUAUAACUCCAGAAUCUACAAUAGGUUUGAGAGGGUUAUUAAACUUAGGAAAAACUUGUUUCGUCAAUUGCAUUAUACAAGCUUUAAUACAUACUCCGUUAUUAAGAGAUUAUUUUCUUACUGAAAGACAUAAAUGCAACACUGCAGCUGGUGCAUGUGUUGUCUGUGAAGUGUCCAAAAUUUUUCAGGAAUUUUACAGAGGAUCUCGGGUACCAUUAGCACUUCACAAAUUACUGCAUUUAACAUGGAUCCAUGCGACUCAUCUUGCUGGAUAUAAACAACAAGAUGCUCAUGAAUUUUUUAUAGAAACCCUAAACAUUCUUCAUAAACAUUGUUUGGAUAAUAUGCAAAAAAACAGUGAAGUUGUUCAAAUGGAAAAUGACAAAUGUCCCUGUAUUAUCGAUCAGAUUUUUACUGGUGGUCUACAAAGUGAUUUGGUGUGUAAAAAAUGCAAUGGUGUUUCUACUAAAAUUGAUCCAAUUUGGGAUUUUUCCUUGGAUUUGGGACCUGUAUCAGUUGGUGGCAGACAACCUUCUUCUCUACAUGAAUGUUUGGAAAGAUUCACAAGAACUGAAGUUUUGGAGCAAAUGGAGAAAAUAUUUUGUUCAAACUGUCAAUCUUAUGAAGAAUCAACAAAACAGUUUACAAUGAAAACCCUUCCUAUAGUCGUUAGUUUUCAUUUGAAACGUUUUCAGCACAUUAAUGAGGUUGAGAAAAAAAUAUCAACAGUCAUAUCAUUUCCAGAAAUGUUAGACAUGACACCUUUUAUGAGUCGAAGCAAAGAACAGUCGCCCUAUCCUAUUGACAAUAGAUAUUCUCUAUUUGCUGUUAUUAUUCACUUAGGUGCAACUAUUAACAUGGGUCACUACAUAGCCUAUGUAAGACAACAACAUGAUUAUUGGUACAAAUGUGAUGAUGAUGUCAUUAUGAGAGCGAAUUUAAAGGAAGUGCUUGGUUCAGAAGGGUAUCUCCUCUUCUAUCACAAGCACGUAUUGGGCUAUGAAUAAAAAUAUUUGUGAUGAGAAAGUGAUAUUAAGUACGUCUUCGCAGCUGAAUUAAUAGAGAAAAUGAGCCAAAAAUAUUGAUGAUAAAAUAUAAAUGUAGUCCAGUCAUUUGACGACAAUGUUGAAACAUAGCAAAAUAUUUGUAUUUUUUUUUAAUUUCUGUUUGUAUUGUUUUCAAAUCUGUUUAUGUCAGUUUUUCAGAGGUAUGCAUAUACCAUAUUUACCAAGUACCAUAUGAAUAUAUUAUAAAUACAGGGUCAUUCUAAUAUCUAGAAAUAGAAUAUUUUAAACAAAAAAUUAUAUGUAGUAACUUUACUACUUGGAAAUGUUAUAUGAAUUUCAUAUCUUAAAUUUCUUGGUCUUGGUAGUAUAAGUACAUAUUUUUUUAAUAUAUUUUUUAAAUUUGUGUUAAAUUUCGUCCAAAAUUAUUAGUAGAUUGUAAAAUGUUUUGUAUACAUUAAUUAAAAUAUUUACAUAUUUUUUUAUAUACAUAAUAAAAAAAAUUUCUUCUUAAAACCUUCAAAAUAUAUGUGGAAUUUAUAUGACUUUUAUUUAAAAAUAAUGUUUACCUAUUUGGAA